ACCAAAGCCCGCGAGGCCCCGGCCGGCCACCUGGGCUCACGAACCGGGACGAAUGCACCCGUUGGUCCCGGUUCGUAUAAGAACCGGGACUAAUGGGUUGGCUAGGCCCGAACGAAAGCCCCCUUUUUUACUAGUGAAUAUUACAUACCUGAUGAGAUUGAGAACAGCCGCAUAGUUCGGUACCGGACCUUGAAUGUUAUGAUCGACAUACUAGAAGAGUCUUCUGCUGCUGCUUCUGGGCACAAGAUUGAUAAGGAAGAACCUGCUAGUACAAAUGAUCAUGGUGUUGAUAGGGACGACAUUGCAGCUGAUGGGGCAGCAAACACCACAGGGGGCGGCGGCAUUUCAGAUGUAUUGAAUUCUCAGUAUAAGAAAAGUAUUGAAUGUGAUGAAAAGAGUGAGAAGAGGCAAGAAGAAGAUCUUUUUGAGAAACUAUGGGGGUGGGAAAGGCUGCUACCACUGUGCGGUUCCGUUAAGUGGUCUGACUAUAGCAGCUAUCUUGAGGAGUACUACAAACGCAAUGCUCACGGGUUCAUUGCCGAUGUUGCUGCUGCCAACCAAACUCGCGAAGAUUUGCAGAUCGCCGCUGCUGCUGACAUUUGGGGCGGCAUUUCUGAUGUAUUCAGUUCCCAGUAUACGAAAAACAUUAAACGUGGUGAAAAGGGUGAGGAGAGGAAAGAAGAAGAUCUUUUUGAGAAACUAUGGGGAUGGGAAAGGCUGCUACCACUGUGCGGUUUGGUUAAGUGGUCCGACUAUAGCAACUAUCUUGAGGAGUAUUACAAACGCAAUGCUUCUGAGUUCGUUGCCGAUGCUGCUGACGACCAAAAUCUGGAGGAUUUGCAAAUCGCUGCUACUGCUGACAUGUUUGCUGCUGUUGCCAAAUCUUGUCUCAAGAUGGAGGAGGAACUCUUGUCCGAGUGGAAGACUCGAGUGGAACGUACCUUGGAUGGCACUUUACCAAUCAGCACUAUCAUUCAGAGUAGCCUUAUCAAGCAGUUUGCACUUUCGAUCUGUGGCGCAGGGGGUGAAUUGAGACUGGCUUUUUAGGUCCCGGGGGUCGGUACCCCCGGUUAUCCUGUACGUCCAUGUAAAAUACAGUAGCUAGAGAUCUGUGCCAUGUCCUGUCAUAGUGUGUUGUUUAGCAAGCCUAGUGAACAGUAAUGCGGCAGGGUGGUACCGGGGCUGAUGGAAGGAUUCAUUCGGCUCUCUCUCUCCAGUCCGCGCAGAGCAGCAGGUGGCAGAUGUCGAUACUGGCCAAUUGAGCUGACAAAGCUGGUUCGUGUAUACACAAAACAUCGCCCGUGACCCAGAGUUUGGAGAGAUACACUUCCUGAAAUGCAAUUUUUUUUUUGCGGGAAAAAAGAAUUCUCAUUACUCAAGGAGGCUUCUCAGCGAGAGCCAGGUUUAUAACAAAGUCCAUCCCGGCAGUAAGCCAGACUGCUGUGCGCGGAGUGCUACGGCCAUAGGCGGCCAGCUCAUGACUAAUCAUGUUCUGCAGACGGCUACAAAGAGUAAAAGAGAUCUCCCUAGCAUCGCUUCCAGCCAACCUACGAAUCUCCUUUAUAAGUGCACGAUGUGACGAUCUAUCCAUCUCGCGUGCUGUAAUCAUCGACACCGCCUCCGCGCUAUCCAACUCAACCAGAAUAGGUAGGUUAGAUCGGUGCAAGGCCAGCUCCAAGCCUUCUCUGCACGCUUCUAACUCCGCCUCUAAAGCGUUGUCACAUGUACGUAGCUCCCUACAUGCGCUGUAGAUGAUCUCGCCUCUGUCAUCACGCAGGAUCAUACCUCCUCCCGCCGCACCUGUGGCCGCUAUGUAGCUCCCAUCCGUGUUCAACUUAACCCAGCCCGGCUGGGGCGGUACCCAGUGUGCGCGCACCUU